CCUGCAAUGUCAAGGGAGGGGGCUCACCCAGGGCUCCUGUAGCUCAGGGGGCAGGCCCGAGCCCUGCGCCCGCCCCGAGUUCGUCCAGCCCCCGACGGGGCGCCCCAUCCUGAGGGGCUCCGCACUGGCCCCCACCGAGGCGGGGGACCUGACCGGCUCGGAGCUCGGCUGGAUGUUACAGGCGUGCAAAAUGGAAGGGUUUCCCCUCGUCCCCCCUCAGCCAUCGGAAGACCUGGUUCCCUAUGACACAGACCUGUACCAGCGCCAAACGCACGAAUACUACCCCUAUCUCAGCAGUGAUGGAGAGAGCCACAGCGACCAUUACUGGGACUUCCACCCACACCACGUGCACAGUGAGUUUGAGAGCUUCGCCGAGAACCACUUCACGGAGCUGCAGAGCGUGCAGCCCCCGCAGCUGCAGCAGCUCUACCGCCACAUGGAGCUGGAGCAGAUGCACGUGCUCGACACCCCCAUGGCUCCGAGCCACGCGGGCAUCGGCCACCAGGUCUCCUAUCUACCCCGGAUGUGCCUCCCAUACCCUUCUCUGUCCCCGGCCCAGCCUAGCUCGGAUGAGGAGGAAGGCGAGAGGCAGAGUCCCCCGCUGGAGGUGUCUGAUGGGGAGGCUGAUGGCCUGGAGCCAGGGCCUGGCCUCUUGCACGGGGAGACAGGCAGCAAAAAGAAGAUCCGUCUGUAUCAGUUCCUGCUCGACCUGCUUCGCAGCGGAGACAUGAAGGACAGCAUCUGGUGGGUGGACAAGGACAAGGGCACCUUCCAGUUCUCGUCCAAGCACAAGGAGGCGCUCGCACACCGCUGGGGCAUCCAGAAGGGGAACCGCAAGAAGAUGACCUACCAGAAGAUGGCCCGCGCCCUGCGCAACUACGGCAAGACGGGGGAGGUCAAGAAGGUCAAGAAGAAGCUCACCUACCAGUUCAGCGGGGAGGUGCUGGGCCGCGGGAGCCUGGCCGAGCGGCGCCACCCGCCCCACUGAGCCCCGGCCCCGCACACCCCGCCGGGCCCGCCGGGCCUCCCCGCCGGCCAUAGCAUUAACCCCUCGCCCGGCCCGGACACAGGGAGGCAAGCUCCCAGGGGCCAGGGACAGGACUGAGGGCCGGGCCUCGCCUCACCCGUCCACGCCCUCCUCCGAGCCCGCCACCCACUCCCUCUCCUCGCCCCCCCACCAGGACUCCAACCCCGGCUCCAGCGGGCACCCCCCCCAACCCGGGGCAUCUGACCCCAGGGCCUUGCUUAGUGCGACCCGGGGCGCUACCUUGGUUGUUUGAAGUCAUCAUAUUUGUAUACAUGGAAGCCUUCUACUCCAGCGUCUCUUCCUCCCCCCACCUCGUCCCCGUUAGCUUCCUCAAGAAAGUUAUUAAAGUUAUUCUAGUGAG